AUGCCUAGGCACGCAUUCAGUGCCAUCAAGUGUUGCUUGCAUAUGCUGGCAUGCUCCCCAUGGCCAGUAGACCACCAGCUUCGGGCCUCCCACCCACAGCAGCUGCAUCUGGUUAUAGUGAGUGAUCUGUGGAGCCGGUCCAAGUGUAUGUCCUGGGUAUUAGGUGCAUUGUUGCAUGCCAAUAACACCCAGGCAGGAAGGAAUGAAUGCUAUGGUGUAGUGAACUUUAAAGUGCUCUGUCCUGUGCAAAUAGAUGCAAAGGCACACGCACACAGCAGGGAGACAAGCAAACAAGAUUACAUAUGCCAGGUUUUCUUAUUAGUGCACUCUGUCCAAGUGUAUGUCCUGGGUAUUAGGUGCAUUGUUGCAUGCCAAUAA